AUGUGCGGCUUCUUGUUUCACGAUACUCCUACCUACAGUCCACCUGCCAAAUUGGAAAAGUUUCUACAAUCUGGUGAACCGCCAGUGUACAUCGGCUUUGGCAGUAUUGUCGUCUCGAAUCCAGAAGAGGUGAUUCACACAAUCAUGUCAGCAGUUGCAAAGCUCGGGGUUCGAGCUAUUAUCUCCAAGGGCUGGAGUAAAAUCAGUGGACCACUAAGCUCUCAUGUCUACUAUAUUGAAGACUGUCCACAUGAAUGGCUUUUCCAACAUGUAGCCGCGAUUGUUCACCAUGGAGGCUCCGGUACUACUGCUUGUGGUCUGUCAAACUGUCGACCCAGGGCAAUUGUGCCAUUCUUUAGCAAGCAAGUAUUAUUUUUGACACGAAGUCAACCGUUCUGGGGGAAUAUGGUUGCGCGAGCUGGGGCAGGACCAAGACCAAUUCCAUACGCCUCACUCAACAUUGAGAACCCAACGACGGCCAUCACAUAUUGCUUUACGGCGGAAGCAAAGGCGGCAGCAGAAGCCAUAUCUAUCAAGAUGGAUCGGAUGGCAUGCGAUUUGAUGCGUAGUCAGACGGCGGUAUUGAGAUUUAAGAAAGGAAAGCGGAUUUUGAAACUUUCUGCGCCUGCAGCGCAGAUAUUGAUUGAGCACGGCAAGAUUGAGGCGAAACAUAUGCGAUGCUACGAGUCAAAUUCUGUAAUUAUUGAGAACCGACGCUGGAAUCCAGUGACUGGUGUAUUCUCUGCGACCAUUAGCACCGGACCGCACAUGGCUCAAUCGACUACUAAAAUGUUCACAAAACCAUAUAAAGAAUACGCUCGUGCUAAUCCACCCAACUCAUCUGAAUCUUCAAAUUCUCCAUCACAAACAGACCUAGCGGUGCAGAUCAACAAUAGUGAAAACCAGAAUUGA